ACAUCCAAGCCAACCUUGAGGACGCCCUGGUGCAGGAGGCGCUGAAGACGGGCGUGGACCUCCGGCAGUACUCCAAGCAGGUGGAGCUGGAACUGCAGCAGAUUGAGCAUGCCUCCAUCCGGGACUACAUCAAAGAGAGCAAGAACAUUGCCUCCCUGCACAACCAGAUCACUGCCUGUGACACCAUCUUGGAGGGCAUGGAGCAAAUGCUGAGCACCUUCCAGUGCGACCUGAGUAGCAUCAGCUCGGAGAUCCAGACACUGCAGGAGCAGUCAGUGGCCAUGAACCUGCGCCUCAAGAACCGCCAGGCUGUGCGCAGCCAGCUCAGCCAGCUGGUCGAUGAGCUUGUUGUGCCUGCCAACAUGAUCAGUACCAUUCUGGAGGCGCCAGUAACAGAGCAGGAGUUCCUAGAGCAGCUGCACGAGCUCAACAACAAGAUCAACUACGUGAAGGAGCAGGCCUUCCGUGAGACAAUGGCCUGCGCCGAUGUGCAGCACGUGCUGGAGAAGCUCAAGGUCAAGGCAGUGACCAAGAUCCGGGAGUUCAUCCUGCAGAAGAUCUACUCCUUCCGCAAGCCCAUGACCAACUACCAGAUUCCCCAGAAUGCUCUGCUCAAGUACAGGUUUUUCUACCAGUUCUUGCUAGGGAACGAGCGGGCGGUGGCACAGGAGUUGCGGGAGCAGUACGUGGAGACCAUGAGCAAGAUCUAUCUGUCCUACUUCAAGUCCUACACCAGCCGCCUCAUGAAGAUCCAGUAUGAAGAGGUGGCUGACAAAGAUGACCUGAUGGGCGUGGAGGACACGGCGAAAAAGGGCUUCUUCUCCAAGCCAUCGCUGAAGAAUCGCAACACCAUCUUCACACUGGGCAAUCGGGGCAGUGUCAUUGGGGCGGCCGAGCUGGAGGGGCCCAUCAUCGUGCCACACACGGCCCAGAAGAGUGAUGUCCGUUACCCCUUCGAGUCGCUGUUCCGCAGCCAGCACUACGCUCUGCUGGACAACAGCUGCCGCGAGUACCUCUUCCUCUGCGACUUCUUCAUGGUGACGGGGCCCAGCGCCCAAGACCUCUUCAACACUGUCAUGGGCAAGACCCUUGCCAUGUUCCUGAAACACAUGGAUGCCUACGUGUGCGACUGCUACGACAGCAUCGCUGUCUUCCUGUGCAUCCACAUCGUCUUGCGCUUCAAGGCCAUCAUGGCCAAGCGCAACAUCCCGGCUGUUGACAAGUACUGGGACACGCUGCUGGAGAUCCUGUGGCCACGCUUUGAGUACAUCCUGGAGCUGAACAUCCAGAGCAUCCAGAACAUGGACCCCCAGAAGCUGGGCUUCCUCGACACACGCCCCCUCUAUAUCACGCGGCGCUACGCAGAGUUCUCCUCUGCCAUCGUCAGCAUCAACCAGACCUUCCCCAAUGAGCGGACCCACGCCCUGCUGGGGCAGCUGCAGGUGGAGGUGGAGAACUUUGUGCUGCGGGUGGCGGCAGAGUUCUCGUCACGCAAGGAGCAGCUUAUCUUCCUCAUCAACAACUAUGACAUGAUGCUGAGUGUCCUUAUGGAGCGGGCAGUGGAGGAAAGCAAGGAGGUAGAGGGCUUCCAGCAGCUACUCUCAGCCCGGACUCAGGAGUUCAUCGAGGAGAUCCUGUCACCCCCCUUUGGCGGGAUGAUCGCCUUCGUCAAGGAGUCAGAGGCUCUCAUCGAGAAGGGGCAGCUGGACCGGCUCCGUGGGGAGGAGGCCCGUGUAACCCAGCUGGUGCGGGGCUUCGCUAGCACGUGGAAGACCUCUGUGGAGUCCCUGAGCCAGGACGUCAUGAGAUCUUUCAGCAACUUCAAGAACGGCACUAGCAUUAUUCAGGGGGCACUCACACAGCUGAUCCAGUAUUACCACCGCUUCCACAAGGUGCUGUCACAGCCUCCCCUGCGUGCCCUGCCUGCCCGUGCCGACCUUAUCAACAUCCACCACCUCAUGGUUGAGCUGAAGAAACACAAGCCCAACUUCUAGGGCCCCCUGCCCAACGCAGCACAUGGAGGGCAGAGCAGCUGUUCCCAGCACAGGUGGGACCAGCUCUCUGGCAGCCCACCCCAUGGCAGGGGUGGGGAGGUGCUGCAGGGAUGGACUCUGUGUUUUUCCCCCACCCCAUACCCUGGUGUUUGUACGUGACAGUCUGGUUUUGUCAGGUAACAAUAAACUCUCUCAUAGUAUCAGCAACCUCCGGUGCUCUGUCUG